AUGCAGGUCAAGUCACAAUGGAUACAACCGGACACGCGAGGCAAGUACCUCCAGUCAGCUUAUUUCCAUGAACCUCGUCUUUCCCCCAGUCCUAUGCCUACACCACGGUCCGGUGUCAGUACCGGCGGGGCACAGCCAAAUGUGGACGAGGCAAUACAUACGGCACCGCACGAGGUUGAUGAGCUAUUGGACCGUUGA